AUGCCUUCACCAGCUCAGACUCUGCCGCCCUCUAUCCUGGAGCCCAUCAUUGAAUAUGCGUCCGGCGUGGAGCGGGCCAUAGGACACCGUAUUGGUACUAAGCUAUGCUGUCUGAACCGCAGUUUUCUCCCGUUCCUGGCUGUCUGUCGUGACUGGAGGGUGUAUUCUAGGGCUCUGUUCUACCAGGAAGCGCUAGUGCUGAUGGACGACGAGCUUUUGGACCUUCACGACCAUACGCAUAUGCUGCCCGGCCUGACAACUGCUGUUAAGGCAGGUACUGCUGGACUGGUAAAGAUUGCCCAUGUAGAACUUCCGUACAGCCGUGUCCUAGAUGGCGCAGCAGCGACUCUAUUUUCCAGUACUCACUUUGCUGGCACACAGUUCUCUAGUGCCACUCAGCUGCUUGUUGUUCUCAACGACAACAUGUAUCCAAGAACCAUGGACAGCGGCACAAUGGCGGAAAAUGUGGCAAGAUUUUCAGCGGCCAUCACCAGGCUGUUUCCAAAUGUCCGGGACCACCUGUUCUACAUUGGCUGCUACGAGUAUGCACCGCAGCGGGAAGACCUGGUGGACAUGAUCCCUGCCAUCUGCAAGCUGUCAAGCGGAGUUUCAAUCAUCGACCUUUCGCAUGGUAUCUACGAACAGGAUCUGCUACCGAAGUCUAACCUCAAGCACAUCAUGUUCCGCUCUGACCAGUAUACAGAUGCACAAAUGGAGCUUGUGCGCAGAAACUCUCAGUCGCUGGAGUGUAUUCACCUUGUCAACAUCGAUAUAACGGCGUGUUUGAAGCUAAUACAGGACCCGACUGGGAACCCGGUUGUAUACCCACACGUCUCGACGCGAUGA